UCAUUCAAUAAAUAUAAAAACGUGCGUGCGAGACAGCCAGCGCGUAAAUUGCGGCGUAUUUGCGGGUUGAGGAGAGCAUAUUAUUGUUCUGUGGAGCAGAGUCCCCACGUUGCACUAAGUGGCUCGUCUAAUUAAUUAGACCUCCGUGUGUGGAUCAUUGUUUCGUUCCUGUAGUCCCACGGUGAACGAACGGAGUUCAUUUCACUCCGGCGCUGAUGAAAUCAACUAUUAAUCUAGAAGAAGUAGUGAAUAAAUUAGAUCACUUUUCACCCCUAACAACCAGAAUGCCUAACAUCAAAGUGUUCAGUGGUAGUUCGCAUCCGGACUUGGCGCAGAAGAUCGUCGACCGUCUCGGAAUCGAUCUAGGCAAAGUGGUAACCAAGAAAUUUAGCAACAUGGAAACGUGUGUCGAGAUUGGCGAAUCAGUACGCGGGGAAGACGUUUACAUCGUCCAAAGUGGCAGUGGUGAAAUAAACGACAACUUAAUGGAGUUGCUAAUUAUGAUCAACGCUUGCAAGAUAGCUUCCGCAUCCCGCGUUACAGCGGUCAUACCUUGUUUCCCGUACGCUAGGCAAGACAAAAAAGACAAGAGCAGAGCGCCUAUUACAGCUAAACUCGUCGCUAACAUUUUAUCAGUGUCUGGCGCGGACCAUAUCAUAACUAUGGACCUUCACGCGUCGCAAAUCCAAGGUUUCUUCGAUAUCCCUGUCGAUAACCUUUUCGCUGAGCCGGCGGUGCUAAAGUGGAUCAAAGAGAACAUUCCAGAUUGGAAAACUAGCAUUGUCGUGUCCCCCGAUGCUGGUGGUGCUAAACGAGUCACCUCCAUUGCUGACAGGCUGAAUGUUGAGUUUGCUCUUAUCCAUAAAGAAAGAAAAAAGGCAAAUGAAGUUGCGUCUAUGGUUUUAGUUGGUGAUGUUAAAGAUCGCACAGCAAUUUUAGUUGAUGACAUGGCUGAUACUUGUGGAACAAUUUGUCAUGCUGCAGAAAAACUAAUCGAAGCUGGUGCUGUAAAAGUGUAUGCAAUAUUAACUCAUGGUAUCUUCUCAGGACCAGCUAUUUCAAGGAUUAAUAAUGCAUGCUUAGAAGCUGUAGUUGUAACUAACACUAUACCUCAGGAAAGGCAUAUGCAGGAUUGUCCUAAAAUCCAGUGCAUUGAUGUAUCAAUGAUGCUUGCUGAGGCUGUAAGGCGUACCCAUAAUGGCGAGUCUGUUUCGUACCUAUUCUCUAAUGUUCCAUACUAGUAAAUUAUAUUUUAUGUAAUUAGGUUAUGGUCUCCGACUGUUUAUCACUGCUUGAAUGUUUUUGUCAAUUGAUAAAAUUCACUAGUGGCAUCUGAAGCAAAUUAUUAGCUAUAUAUUAAUGAAUGUACAUGAUAUUUGAUACCAGUGAUACAUUUCAGUGGUUCUUUUUAUAUGUUGGAAACCUACUAAUUUAAUUUUAGGUGUAAUUUUAGUUAUAAUCUCAAUAAGUUAAGGCUAGCGUGUCCAGCUUGCAUCAAUACAAUAAAAAGAGAACAUUUUGUCUAUGAAUUUUUAUAUAAAAAGGAAUAUACUGUAUUUUGAUACAAAAUUUCAUGACAUGUAUCUAGGUGUUUUUAUGUGUAGAAUAGAUCAAAACCCACACUAUAUAUGUUAUAGUAAGUACCUAUUACAGUCAACAUGCAUUUAAAUAAAUUUUACUGCAGUUUGAUUUUCUAAAGAAUAUAUUAUACAAAAACUUGUGAUAUUUAAAGAAAAAUUGUAUUUUUUUUACCUAAGUAAACACUUUACAAUAGAUCUGUUUUGGCAUUAUAUUAGAUGAAAACCCAGCUGUUUAUGAAGUUGAAUCUAAAUGAUCCAUAUUAUUAUGAACUUUUAAAAGACAUGUUUCUGUUUAUUUCCUUUUUUAUCGUUAUAAGUUACUUAUUAAGAUAAGAGAAUUUCUUAAACAUGCUUAAAAUGCUUUUAAUUAAGGCAAUACAUCUAAAAAAAAAGAUUGUGGCCUUUAUGAAUGUUAAAAGUUGGCAGUAAUUAAAAAAAUAUAUACUUAGGUGCAGUAUGAUUGUUAAAUUUUUUGACAGAUCUUUGGUGUAACUUUUAGUAGAUAUUAGCUCAUUGUUUAAAAUUAACAAAAUUUAAUAUUUUUAAUUGAAAUUUAGUGCCUCAUUUGUAAAUUAAAUGUUUUGUUUCUAAAUUACAACUUAUGUAUAAUUGGUCCUUACACUAAGACAUUAAAAAGU